AUGAGCGAAUUCGAAUCGGACGUACCAAAGUUCCCGGACUAUACCUUGUCUGAGAAACAGUUCCUUUUACAAAAUGGCUUGGGCGACAAAGACGCAUUGAUUGCGGAACUUCUUGCUUCCAUCAAGGAAAAGAACUUGGCGCCUUAUUAUCAAUACUUGACCACAGAAUUGCCACAAUACUUCAGCUUUGAUGAACAGUUGUACCAGUCCAUGAGUGCUGUCAAUGAAGAAAAGAUUGCUGAGCUGAAAAAGUUGAUCCAGGAAGCUGAAAGUGAGGAAGAGACGGAGGUGGAUCUUGUUUCUAGUACAGCCAAACUUGCCGAAUACUACGCGGAAAUCAUUGAUCGCCAUAAUGCUGUGGAGACGUACACAAAGUUGUUGCUGUUGACGCUGGGAACCGGCGGCAAGAUCGAUGUUCUCUUGGCGUUGACCCGUGUGGGUUUUUUCUUUAACGACUAUGAGGCAGUAUCUGGCCAUCUUUCGGAAGUGGAGGCGUUGAUCGAAAAGGGUGGUGACUGGGAACGCCGUAACAGAUAUAAAACUUAUCAGGGGAUCUAUUUGAUGGCCACUCGUAACUUUGGCGAGGCAGCAAAAUUGUUGAUUGAUUCUUUGGCUACAUUCACCUCGACUGAAUUGUGUAGCUACGACCAAGUUGCACAAUACGCUAUUAUCGCUGGUGUUCUUACAUUGGAUAGGGUGGAUUUGAAGAGCAAGAUUGUGGACUCGCCCGAGAUUUUGUCUAUUUUCUCCAGCUCCAAAACUUUAGAACCUUUGGUCAAUCUUACCAACUCUUUGUACACAUGCCAGUACAAUUGCAUGUUCGAAUACUUGUUGGAGGCUCAUGAUAAGUUGUUGUUGACCAACAAGUAUCUCCGCAGACACACCAACUACAUUAUGCGCGAGUUGCGUUGCAGAGCUUAUGCCCAAUUGUUGGAGAGUUACAAGUCCUUGUCGUUGAAAUCCAUGGCACGCAAUUUUAACGUGAGCGAGGAAUUUUUAGACGCUGACUUGUGCAAGUUUAUUCCCAACAACAAGUUGAACUGUACUAUUGAUAAGGUCAACGGCAUCAUUGAAACCAAUAGGCCAGACAAUAAGAACAGUCAAUAUCAUCUGUUGAUCAAACAAGGUGAUGCCUUAUUGACGAAGUUGCAGAAGUACGGUGCGGCGGUGAAGUUGAGUGGUGCUGAAAGAGUAUAA